AAUCGGCUGGCUCGGCGAGCGGCACCUCGGGCACGUUCGACGUCUGGGAUUCCGUCCGGGUCUCCGGGUCUUUAGUCGCAGGGUUCAAGUAGCCGAGGGCGGGCUGGUGAGUGCGGUGACUAUUGAUUGAGGUGUGUUUUCUCUCUCGCGUGGUUAUCGUACAGUGAUAAUAUAGAAACGUAACAACGGCCAGGGGAGAGUGGGUGUCUGAAAUUCUGAAGUUGCGUUAAUCACAAGGUGUAAAAAUACAUACAUACAUACAUAGCAUAUCUAUAUUAUAUACACAUACGUACACACGUGUAUUAAAUCGAAGUGCUGGGUACUGUGCGCGGUGGCUGUGUGUGUGCGUGAGUACAGAGAUCGAAAGAAACAGAGGAUAAUAGGGGCUAGUAAAGUUUUCUUCUAAGGAAAGUCGUUGUCCGUUUUAUUCUUAGAUUUUUUUUUCAUUUCUCUUUCUCGUUGUUCAUCUCUGUGUUCGUUCUCAACCGCCCCGUGCCCCUCCGUCUUAGCCGUAAGAACGCGGUUUUCCUUUGUUUUCUUUUUUUUCUUUCUUUCUUCUUUAACCUUCUCCUUGUCUCGACUCUCUCUCCUUCAACCUCUCUGCGGCUCGUUCUAACAUUCCACCUGAGGAUACAACAACGCAGCAGCGGAGGGAGGAACAAUGGAUAGCAGCAGUUCGGAAACGCCGUCAGACACGGCGGCGAACAGCAGCGGUGAGAGUAAAAACGGCUCGAAGAACGGCGGCGGUAAUCGCGAUCCCGAGCUCGAACCCGAGGGCGUCCGGACAUCCCCAAUGAGCAGCAACGCCGCCUCGACGCUGACCUCGCGGAGGGACGGGGGCAGGUCCCCGUCGCUCUCGCCUUCCCCGUCGCCGUCGCCUUCUCUCUCCUUAUCCUCCUCCCCGCCGGGGUGUGGCUGCACUGCGGUCAUCGAUCACGCGGAGGAGAUCACCAUCACCCUUGACCCCACCACAGGCGGUCACUUUAAGGUCAGCGUUGACCGUACGGAGAGUAUCGAAAAUCUCAAGAGAAUUAUAUCGAAAAGAUUGAAGGUCGCCAAGGAGCGGAUUUGUUUACUGCAUCGGGAGAGACAACUGCGAGGAGGAACGCUAGAGGAGAAUUAUAUCCAGGAUGGAAGUCGUCUCACGUUAUUACCAAUUGUAGAAACUGGCCUGUUGGCACAGAGACCGGAACAAAGUGUAAUGCAGGCGCUGGAAAGUCUGAACGACUCGCAGGUGAACGAUUUCCUUUCAGGGAAAGCACCGUUGAACCUGACUAUGCGACUGGGGGACCACAUGAUGCUGAUACAGCUGCAGUUAUCGACUGUGACGCCGGCGGCACCAGCUGGUGGACCCAGCGGCUCGACGCCGGCAACGACGAUGUCCAGCAGCUCGACGAUGACGGUGAACGCUGGUAACACAUCCUCGUUCUCGUCAUCCUCGACGACGCAGAGCAGGAGAUCGUACGUUAUACCGGCACCAAGGAUCUCCAAGACACCCUCGAAACUUCAGGGAAAUAACCAAACAGCGAGAACCUCGUCCCUUAUCGGCUUAGCUUCUAUAUUACAAGCGGAAUCGAAUUGCGAUUCAAAUUUAUCCUCGUCGACGACAACGACGACAACAACCACUACCAUGGAGUCCUCGGGAACGCCGACAUGCAACGCGGCGGCCGCCGUUGCAAGCAAGUCCACCACCUCCUCGCCCCGUAACUCGACGGCUAGUCCGACGAACCUCGAACACUCGCCCAUAAGACGAACCCAUUACUGCACGACAGACUCGCCCGCCUCGCCCUCGCCCUCGCCGCCACCUUCGGCCCAGUCCUCACCUUCCUCCACGCCGACGGUCAGCCACUUUCCGAGAUCGGGGGGCGGGUCACCCUUGUCGACGUCGGGGGGCCGUCAGUCCUGCAUACUCCACCACCACAACCACAACCACUACCAUCACAGUCACCACUAUCACAGUCACAGUCAUAGUCACAGUCACAGUCAUCAUCACUCUAGGAACAAAUUGUUGUCGUUCGAUCCCCUCCAGCCGUCAACAUCCUCCGAUCCUACCUCCUCGACGUUGUCUGUGACAGACGCUGCCGCUAGUCAGCAGCACUCUAGUACGUUAGGCACACCGCAGAAGAAGAAACUAUGCACGAAUCAUCAUCAUCACCAGCAACAACAAGAACAGCAACAGCAACAGCAACACCAACACCAGACACAGCAGAUUGAUCUGGAACGAAAUGGGAGAAAGAUCGAUAAGGAAUCUGGAUCGGAGAACGGUGUGUUGUCUCUGACUUCUUGUACUUCGCUCGAAAGUCCUAACGGGAACAACGCCAUUGACGGAGGGAAGCCAACCGCCACACUCGACACCAGAGCUCUUGUAGCGGCAUCGCGAAAUCUCACACAGACGCUGAAGCAACUCUCCUCCGAGGUACAAGUACUUACCUCGCGGGUCGACCUCGCUGAGGACAAUUCGAAGCCUAGGCAAGGGGCAAUAAUAGAGAGCAUGCAUCACCACGGGAAGGGAGUUUACUCCGGGACAUUCAGCGGCACCCUCAAUCCGGCGCUUCAGGAUCGCUACGGACGGCCAAAACGGGACAUCAGUACCAUCAUUCACAUAUUGAAUGAUCUGCUGUGCGCCACUCCCGCUGCCGCUGCUGGACACUACAGACAUCAUCACAGGCAUUCCCAUGCAGCCAUCAGACAGCAGCAAUCCUCGGCAACUAUUUCCACUACAACUACCACCACCACCACCACAACUACGUACACGACAGAAGAAUUGUCAAAAGAAAAUGCGGCAACCAAGGGAAAGAUGAAGCGGCUGCGAUUGGUAAUGGAACAGAGAAGAGCGAAGAGAAAAGCAAGAAGACAGGCCAGGGCUGCUCCUUACACAACACAAUGGGCGGCAGUGACGCCCAAUCCAGAUAACACUUCCACGUCGGCAACAACAAAUUCUAACACAAAUACCGAACCGCAAAGCGAACCCGAAUUGCAACCUUGCAGUCCUGAGCCAGUAGUAGCUUGAAAUCAUACCUCUUUUACACGAUAUUCGUACUCAAUUGUACCUCUACGUCACGUUGUCCUAGAAAUUAUUGACACUGAUUUCUGUUCGGUUUUAUCGAGGCGUAAUAAUAAACGCGAGGUUGAGAGAAGCUUUAAUUAAUACGCUACACUUAUAUUGUAUGCACUGUAGUUAAUUACUUAAUCUUGAGGAAAACAAUUAGGUGACAAUAAUAACGCGCAACAAAAACCGAAAAUUUUGUUGUAAAAAUAUAUAACUAAUUGCCGGGAUAACGAUUGUGACGUAUAUAAGGUAUAAA